AUGGCUAAACGCCCCAACUUCCUCGUCAUUGUCGCCGAUGACCUUGGUUUCUCCGACGUGGGCUGCUUCGGCGGCGAGAUCCGCACACCAAAUAUCGACCAGAUCGCAAAGGAAGGACUCCGAUUUACAGACUUCCAUGCGGCGGCGGCAUGCUCUCCCACACGUGCCAUGAUUAUGACUGGUACUGAUCACCACAUCGCCGGCCUGGGUAACUUGAUCGAAUGGACCAACAUCUCCGGUCAGAAUGGUCCCAAGGGCUCCGCUAUGAGCACAGCCCCGCAGCGCGGUAUGCCCGGCUACGAGGGAUAUCUAAACGAGCGGGUCGUGGCUCUCCCGGAGCUCCUGCGAGACGCUGGCUACCACACUGUGAUGUCGGGCAAAUGGCACUUGGGUCUGACCCCCGAGCGAUCACCCCACAAGCGUGGCUUUGUUCGUUCAUUCGCCCACCUGCCCGCUUGCUCCAAUCACUAUGCCUACGAACCCGAGCUCCGUGAUCAGGAUCAGAUCCCCACUUUCAUCGAGGCGAGCUAUAUCGCCCUCCAUAUGGAGGAUGGCGAGUAUGUGCGCAAACUCCCCGAGGGCUGGUACUCGUCUGAUGGGUACGGAGAUAAAAUGAUCGAUUACCUGCGUGAGUGGAAGGAGAGCGGUGGCAGUGCCGGUCCGGAUGGCAAUAGAGACCGUCCUUUCUUUGGGUAUCUCCCUUUCACUGCGCCUCAUUGGCCAUUGCAAGCUCCGAGGGAGUACAUUGACCACUAUCGCGGUGUGUACGACGAGGGGCCCGAUGUUUUGCGGGAGAAGCGUCUCCAGCGGCUAAAGGAGCUGGGCAUGAUCCGCGACGAUGUUGUGCCGCAUCCCGUUGAUGCAGAGGAAGUCAAACCCUGGUAUGAAUACACUCCCGAUGAGAAGAAAAAAUCUGCCACGGCUAUGGAGGUUUUCGCGGGCAUGGUUGAAUGCAUUGACUAUAAUGUCGGCAAGGUGGUGGACUAUCUGCGGGAAAUCGGAGAGCUCGACAACACCUUUGUCUGCUUCAUGUCCGACAAUGGUGCCGAAGGUGCCGCGUACGAAGCCUAUCCUAUGGUUAAGAACGGCGUGAUGCCGCACCUGCAGAAGUACUAUGACAACAGUCUGGAGAAUCUGGGCAACGGGAACUCAUUCAUUUGGUACGGUCCCCGCUGGGCGCAGGCUGCUACCGCCCCGUCUCGUCUGUACAAGGCCUACACCACGGAGGGUGGCGUUCGCGUGCCUUUCACCUGCCGCUUCCCCAAGAACAUUCCCCUGAAGUCUGGGGACGCUGCCACUGUUGCGGGUGGUAUCACCGACCAAUUCGCCACGGUCAUGGACCUGGCCCCCUCCAUCCUCGAUAUGGCCGGCAUCAAGCACCCAGCACCAACCUACCAGGGCCGUGAGGUCGUCUCCAUGCGUGGCCGCAGUUUCUACCCCUGGGCCAUUGGCAGUACCGAGCGCAUCCACCCCAAAGAUUUCAUCCAGGGCUGGGAGACAUGUGGUCGGGCCGCUCUGCGCUGCGCAGACUGGAAAAUCGUCUUCAUCCCCAAGCCCAAGGGUCCCGAGCGCUGGCAGUUGUAUAACCUUGAACAAGAUCCCGGCGAGGUAAAUGACCUAUCAGAGCAGGAGCCCGAGAAACUCAAGCAGCUCCUCAAGCUGUGGGAUCAAUAUGUCCUUGAGACGGGUGUGGUCCCGCUGUGCCCGGAUCUGGGAGAGUUUUUGGAGGCGACGGAGGCGCAGAUGCCGGAGAAUGCUUGGAUGGAGUUUGAUUAUUGGAAGGACGGUGCGAGAGAUGAACCCGAGAAGUUUACUCGUCAGCCACCUCGAUUCCAGCGGGUGGUGAAGCAGUUCUAG